GGAGGCGCACAACACACAGCUCCUCUGUAUCUUGCUACGCUGCUCGCAGUAUAAAGGGGGCCGGACCACACGGAAAACGGGGAAAACAGGAAAAGCAAAACAUUGUUUUUUGACAGGAUGACCAACACUUUCCUAAACAUGGCGUCGAUAGGCGACUUCGACCCGCUCAACGCGUCUAUUCCUGCCACCAAAGUUGAAAUCACAGUGUCCUGCAGAAACCUGCUGGACAGGGACACCUUCUCCAAAUCAGACCCAAUUUGUGUCCUUUACACACAAGGCAUGGGCAACAAGGAGUGGAGAGAGUUUGGGAGAACAGAGGUAAUAGACAACACGCUAAACCCAGACUUUGUGCGGAAAUUCAUUUUGGACUACUUCUUUGAAGAGCGACAGAACCUCCGAUUUGACUUGUAUGAUGUCGACUCGAAGAGCGCCAACCUGUCAAAACACGAUUUUCUGGGCCAGGCCUACUGUACUCUUGGAGAGGUGGUUGGAUCAUUGGGCAGUCGCUUGGAAAAAGCUCUUGGAGGUAUCCCAGGGAAGAAAUGUGGGACCAUUAUUGUGAAAGCUGAGGAGCUGAACAACUGCAGGGAAUCAGUGAUGAUGCAGUUCUGCGGGAACAAGCUGGACAAAAAGGAUUUCUUUGGCAAAUCCGACCCCUUCCUGGUCUUCCACAGGAGCAAUGAGGAUGGCACGUUUACCAUCUGCCACAAGACAGAGGUGGUGAAGAACACAUUGAACCCAGUGUGGCAGGCCUUUAAGAUCCCUGUCCGGGCUCUCUGCAAUGGUGAUUACGACAGAACGAUUAAGGUUGAGGUGUACGACUGGGACAGAGACGGCAGUCACGACUUUAUUGGAGAAUUCAGCACCAGCUACAGGGAACUAUCCAGAGGGCAGAGCCAGUUUAACGUCUACGAGGUGAUAAAUCCAAAGAAAAAAGGGAGGAAGAAAAAAUAUCUCAACUCUGGAACGGUGACGCUGCUGUCAUUCCUGGUGGACAUUGAAGUCACCUUUCUGGACUACAUCAAAGGAGGGACCCAGAUUAACUUCACCGUGGCCAUUGAUUUCACAGCUUCCAAUGGCAAUCCAGCCCAGCCCACAUCCCUCCACUACAUGAGUCCCUACCAGCUGAACGCCUACGCAAUGGCCUUGAAGGCAGUAGGAGAGAUCAUCCAGGAUUACGACAGCGAUAAGAUGUUUCCUGCACUGGGCUUCGGAGCCAAGCUGCCACCUGACGGACGGGUCUCCCACGAGUUUGCCUUGAACGGGAACCCUCAGAACCCAUACUGUGCUGGUAUUGAGGGUGUGAUGGAGGCCUACUACCAGAGUCUGAAGUCAGUGCAGCUCUACGGACCCACGAACUUCUCCCCUGUCGUCAACCACGUGGCCAGGUAUGCAGCUUCAGUGAAGGACGGCUCUCAGUACUUUGUGCUCCUCAUCAUCACAGAUGGCGUCAUCUCAGACAUGGCUCAGACCAAGGAGUCUAUUGUCAAUGCUGCCUGUCUGCCAAUGUCCAUCAUCAUCGUGGGGGUGGGGCCUGCAGAAUUUGAUGCCAUGGUUGAGUUGGAUGGCGAUGAAGUCAGAAUCUCAUCCAGAGGAAGAUACGCUGAGAGGGACAUUGUUCAGUUUGUCCCAUUCAGAGACUACAUCGACCGGACGGGGAACCACAUUCUGAGCAUGGCCCGACUCGCCAAAGACGUCUUGGCCGAGAUCCCCGACCAGUUCUUGUCCUACAUGAGGACCCGCGGGAUCAAGCCGUCGCCAACGCCGCCUCCCUACACGCCGCCAGCGCAACCCAUCCAAACCCAGAUAUGAGAAGCCGGGGGGAGACAGGUUUCGGAGACAGGGGUCAGCUGAACUUUACGAGCGAAAUACUUCCAUUUCCCUAAAGGCUGCUCUCCAUGCCUUGUCGUCGUGGAUCACGUGUUCAGGAGGCUGCAUGUCGGGCCGGGAGAGUGUCGAGGAAAAGCCAAUGAGAGUCUGUUUACUUCCACUGUCAAGCAUUCCUGUGACUGUCUGGAUUUUUUGGGGGGGCUGGGGUAACGAGGAGAGGCAGAGAGUCUGAAUUUAAUCUGGGAGGAAAAGAAGGAAUGAAGGAGGAAAUGAAGGACAGCUUUCGAAACAAAGAGAAUGUCCCCAGACAAAACAAAGGAAUCACUUGAUGAACUCUUUCUGUAAAUAACUGGACAUAUGUCACUUCUUCUUUCUCUGUCUCUUUCUCUCUAUCUCUCUACAACUCACUCAUUGUUUACAGUAAACGCUGACAAGGAUUUUUACUGUUGAUACUUUUAUAUACACACAGUUUCAAUAUGAAGCUUGUAAUAUUCUCUCUCCUUCUCUCUCUCUCUCUCUCUCUCUCUCUCUCUCUCUGUCUCUCUGUCUCUCUUUCUCUCUCCUGGCAUGUGUGUCAGGUAGCAGCAGUGCAGGUCCUGGUAGCCCCUCUGUACCGUACCGUACCGUGCUGUACCGUACCGUACUGUAUUCUGGUGUUUGUAAUAACCUUUUGCAUGAGUGUAGCCUCAGUCAAGUGCAUGCAUAUAGUGGCCCUGCACUACCUCUUCUAUCCAUCUACUCAUCCGUCUGUCUGUCUGUGGGGGGUGAGUGUCUGUCUGCCUGUAUCCAUUUGUCACUUCACCCUCUCUGUCUGUCUGUCUGUCUGUCUGCACUGCUCUCAGGCCUGAGAAGUCUGUCUGUCUGUCUGUUGUACCUUUUCUUCUCAUCUGUAUCUCUCAUGUUCUUUCCUUUCUUUUAUGCCUCUGUCACUUUAACCAGCUGUGUUUCCAUCCAACUUUUUUUUUUUCUUUUUGCGAGUUAUAAUAGACGAGCUGAAAAGAAAAUGCAUCAUUUUUAUGCUCAUCACAGGACAGACAGAUUUUAUUGCCGGAUGUAGAAUAGCAAAGGAUUGUCCUUGGUUCACCAGACAUAAUCGGCUUGAUAAAUGGUGCAGAUUCCAAAAUGAAUUUUAAAAUGUAAAAAUGUUCCACGCUUCUUCCCAGAGAUGUUUUAUCGUGUAUAAGGGGUCCAACAUCUUCAGAAAGCCAGGAUAUGUACAUUACUGGUAUUUUUUAAUUGUGCUUGCAGCGUGGCUCUAGGGAUGAAAGUGUCAGUCAGUCCACCACUUUGGUCCACACUGAAAAACCUCAAUAAAUGUUGGAUAGAUUGCCAUAAAAUUAAGCAUAAAUAUUCAUAUGAUUUUUCAUCUAGCACCAUUAUCAGGUCAGAAUUUAAAUUUCCACAGUACUUUGUUCUUUGAUAAAAUACGUGAAAACCUAAAAAAAAACCCUGACAUUCCCGUCCUCAGAUAUACUCAGUGUUUAGCAUGCUAACAGACCUAGAUGAACAUGGUAAACAUUGUAUCUGUUAACAUGUUAUUGUGUUUGCAUGCUGACUUUAGACACAGUGAUGCUUUAAGGUCAAUUUUACCAACCUUAAAGAGCCACUAGCAUGGCUGUAGACUCUUAAGGCUGACUUAUAGUUGUAUGCAGACUCUACACAGAGAAUUUAUCAUCGUCUACACAAGUGGUCUACACCGUUGCGAGCAUUUGUACUUGUACAGUGGUAUGUCUGUGUUGCUUUGCAAUUACAUUCCAAAAUAUUAGUUCACAGUGGCGUUUCUGGAACACUGCGUUGAGUGUCUGUGAAGUGCCGUAAAGUUUGAUUGAUUCAACUAACGGACCUAAAACACACAUAACACAUGACUCAAUAGCAACAACAUUUAACAAAAGUACGAAAUUCGGCUCUAUUUUAAUUCACAAGGUUCACAAACCAAACACUUGUCUUUUCCAAGACGUGUUUCCCACAUAAAUACAACAUGCUAACGAUAUUAGCAUAAGCCUAUGACAUUUUACAUUGCAUGAAUUAGCCAAGCAGCUAGCGGACUUUUCCUUUACUCAUAUUAAGCAGAGGACAACAGCAACAUUUAACAAAGGUAACAUUACAAAAUUAGGCUCCUUUAUAACUCACAAGUUUCAACGACAAAAUAAUAGUCUUAUUCUAGACAUGUUUUUCCCACAUAUGAACGUGCUAACAUUAUUAGCAUAAGCCAAUGAGAUUGUAUUGUAGAAAUUAGCCUAGUGACUAGCAGAAUUUUCCUCUACUCAUAUGAAGUCAGGAUGAAUCACACGCAACAAGAAACAAGUUGUUUCUUAUCUCUAAAAUACAUUUAAAUAAAGCUUCGCUCCCACUAAUGGAGAUUGUUUUUCAGUUUACAUAAAUAAACAAAGGGUCUGCGCCGCUGCAGCCUGUAGAUUCAACUCAGGAGUUUAAACCUGGCUCUAGUCUUGUGCUUUGUGUCAAAGAAACCAUGCAGUAUGGCCAACGUUAGCAAACAUUUAACAACAAAUGUUUUACUUUUUUACCUUUCUAAUUUGUUUGCUUUAGCCACGAUGAUGAAGAUUCAAAUGGUGCAGUUUCUGUCUCCAGCAUUUCAUAUUUUUGCGUUGCUUUCUUUUUUACAUCUGAGUGGAAGCUUGGCUACUCUGUCUCUCUCUCUCUCUCUCUCUCUCUGUCUCUGUUCUCCUCCAAACUGCCUUGGCAAUAUGAUGCCCACGUGCCCAGGGGUUCCGUCUCAUUGUGUUGUCCAACACCACAUCCCCGCCUCAUGUUUAAAACGACAGCAGCUGCUCUCAAACUAAAUACUGUUUGAGCAUAAAGAGCCCAGUGGUCAAAAAUGCAGAGAAAAAACACACUUUCCCUUUGUUGGCUUUUUGUUCCAUUUGAUUUUUUUUAUUUUAUUUUGGUGUGUACUUUUUAUUGCACCUUUAGCUUUGAUACAGCUUUUUAUAUGUUUGUUUUUAUGAUGUGUAUUUUUAUGUGCCAAUCAUGUGUAAAAGGAUGAUUUGUGUGAAUCCUGUCAGUCACUGAGGAUGUCCGACAAGUUUCCAAUUUAACAUAGUUUCUAAAUGAAGAAUGAGUUCUGUUUGAAUGUGAAAGGAUUGUUCAAUGUUGUUAUGAACAAGUGUUUCAAUGAUAAGUUAACAUGUUUUAAUGUGAAUGAGAUUUGUCUUUUAAAACAACAUUCUAUGAAAUGUUUGAAAAGUCUUACAAAAAGUGGGAAUGCAGGAACAUUUUAACAUUUAUUGGACUGUGAGUGAAGUAUGUCGCAGCACCAACAAUGUGAAAGGAUAUUUAAGCGUUGCCGUGAUGUUAAAGCUUAGUAAUUUUGUUGUAUGAACACCCUGAAGUAGUCUUAAAAUUAUGGCACAGACAUUAUCAUUAUCAUGAUUUUGUAUGAAGUAAUGUAAAGCUCAUGACCACCACAUCAUCCGCUAACUCACUCUGAUGUCUUACAAAAUGAAGACUUUUCAAUGAAAAUA